GUUCAAACUCUACUUUAUUUCCGCCAAAUGGAACCGUAUACGACUUAAUUUACUACAGAUUUAAUUGUUGAGACCGACAAGUAAGAGCGAUAAGAAUGUAAAACAGGUGCCAAAUACAGCAAAUAUUUUAAAACUAACAAAGAGAUUUUGUAAUAAAAUCUAUCAGUUUCAGAUUGUGUCCAUUCAGUUUCAAAGGAUUUAUCAUUGUAUAUUACUAACUAUUCUCCAAUUUAAAGAUUGAUCGGCGUUGAAGUAGCGCAUUUAAAAUAAACAAUUUUGUUUGGUUUAAAGCGAAUAAAGAAAUUGGUGAACGGAAUAUAAACAAUUUAUUUCAUAUAAUAUGAGAAUUUUGUCAUAAUUUUUGACAUCGGACACCUAUAUUGAAGGCAAACAUGUACAUAACUGUGCGUUACGGAGAAAGCCAACAAGAAAUAUUUAACCCAAACUGCAAGACGUAUGUACUUCUGAAGACCAUUAAACGCAAAUGCAAAUGUCAUAGAGAAGCUGACAUCGAGCUGUCUGACGAAUCAGGAAAUAUAAAGAACUUACGAGACCCUGGGUUUCAACUGAGAUAUGCCACAGAGUUCUUGGAAGAAAGAGAAAUAUUAAUCCUACUGAAAGUUGAAAGGAAUACUAGUCAGGAAGGCAGUCAAAUCGUGUACACGCCUUUACUACAAGCCGGUGAUGCAGUACUUAGCGAUGAGUUUUUGGCUCGUCUGGCACUCAAAGGAAGUGAGCAUCAUAAGCGCGUGAAAUCGAGCACGCGCAGACGGAAGGAAGCGGCGUUAGCAGUCGAACAUCCAAAAGAGCAUUCAAGACAAAACAGCCGUGAAAAAGGAAAUGACAAACUGAAACCGAAUGCGAAAUCUGACAAAAGAUUAAGUGCCAGGACAAAAAGAUAGUAGCAAAUAACUCUUUAUAAAAUCAGUUGUUCUUCUUUAUUUGCUUGACUUGAGUUUGCGCAUUAAAUAAUUUUCAUUGAUUUUAAAUGCAUCAUAUGCAUACGACACUCACGAUCAAUAUUGUAGUAUGAAAACGAGCAUUUUAAUAUAGGGAUGGAUAACGUCGUAUAACAUUGACCAGCAAACAAAACGCAACAGACGUGCAUUGGCAGUAGUGUUCUGAAGAUUAUCUCAACAGACUAAAGAGCAAUUAAAAUCAAAGUAAACAGUA